AUGGUCGAGGCCUCGCCCGAGGGCGCGCCCGCCUGGCUCGACGCCGGAUCCGACCACAAGUCGCCGCCCGCCCUGACCGAGGACGAGGCCAGGCACUUUGCCCGCCAGUUCUACCUGUGCACCAACGGCAUCCUCGACCUGUACGACAAGCCCGUGCUGCUGGACCAGGUCCCGCGCGCCCUGGCCCGGGACGCCGUCGCCCUCCCGCUGGCCAAGCCCGUCGUCUACCUCAUCCUCGCCCUCGGCGCCCAGUCGUCGCCCAAGGACCUGGGCGAGGUGGCCGAGUCGUGCUUCAACUACGGCCGCUACCUGUCGGCCAGGUACCUCAUGGACGACCCCAGCACGCUGGCCGUCGAGGCCUACAUCCUCAUCGCCAUGUACCUCCUGGCCGCCUCGCGCCGCAACGCCGCCUUUAUGCACCUCGGCUUCGCCGUGCGCGCCGCCUACGCCCUUGGCCUGCACCUUAAGGCCGUGUCGAUGCGCUUCACCGCCGACGAGUUCCGCCGCCGCGAGCGCAUCUGGAAGUCCCUCCGCAGCAUCGACAUCCUCUCGAGCGCGCUGCUGGGCCGCCCGCCCGCGACCAAGGAGACGCGCGACACGGCGGCGCCCGACGACUACUCGGCCUGCGGCGACCUGCUCGCCAUCAUGGAGCAGGUGCUGACCGACGUCUACGAGCAGCGCCAGAUCUCGGCCGCGACCCUGAACCGCGUGGCCUCGCGGCAGCGCGAGUGGGCGGCCGUCUUCACCCGGGGCCUGGCCGCCGACAACAUCGAGCCGGGCGACGGCAUCGAGGGCGGCGCGCCCAACAUGGGCCUGACGCACCUCAAGGUCGUCUUCCACUGGACCGUCAUGCUCCUGACGCGGCCGUUCCUGUCGGAGCGCGUCGCCGCGCACGCCCGGCAGGCGGCCUCGUCGUCGUCAUCAUCGUCGCCCGCGUGGACGCCGGCCGAGUCGUCGCGCGUCCUCGCCCACGCCUGCGUCAACUCGGCCAUCCGCACGCUCGCGCUGCUCGAGCCGCUCGUCGAGGCCUGGGACACGCCGACGCGGCUGCCCUUUAGCGUCAGCUGCGUCGUGCACUCGGCCCUCGUCGUCGGCCUCGCCCACUUCGGCGACAUGCACCAGAUCUUCCCGCUCGACAAGUCCAUGUACACGGCGCGCAGCCUGCUGCAGCGCUUCUCCAGCGACGCCAUUGCCUUCCGCAACUGCACCAUUGUCCAGCUCCUGCACGAGGCCUGCCAGGCCUACGCCGAGAAGAGGCACGCCGCGUCCAUGGACAUGGAGGGCCAGCUCAUCAGCAGCCUGUUUGGCCAGCUGCACUACACGCCGCCCGGGACCACCGGCGCCGAGCCCGGCGACCACUCGGCCCUCCGUGUCCGGGGCGCGCCGCUGCUGCCGCUGCCGCUCCCGCCGCCGCAUUACCCCCCGCCCGCCGCCGGGGACGCCAUCAGCCUCAUCGACAAGGCGUUUGGCGACGACGCCGCCGCCGACGCGUCCUGGGACAGCGUGUCGCCGGCCAAGACGACGGUCCAGCCCUUGUCGCCGAGCUCCACGCCCGCCACGAUGCCCAAGCACGACGACGACGCCGCCGCGCUGCCUCUCGAGGUGUCGAGUGCUUUCGACGGCGGCAACAUCCUGGGCGACGAGGACAUUGUCAACUUGGAGUCGCGGGACGACUUGGUCUCCCUGUACGCGCUGAUUGACACGUCGGGGGGCUACCUGGGUCUGGAGUAG